CUAGAUUGCAGAUUGCAGCUAACAAAGGCUUGGUCAGCCGCGAGCUGAAAGUGCCCGGCAGGCUGAGAUUUAUGCAUGGUCCCCGAGAACUUGCCAACACCAGCCAGGAAGUUCAGAGCCGCCUGGCUUUGUAGUAGGGGGUUUCGUACCGCUCAAGCACUGCCUAGCAGGAGGGAGACAUGCCGGCCCUGUCCAAUCUGACGCAGACGCUGGAAGAUGUCUUCAGAAGGAUUUUUAUUACUUAUAUGGACAACUGGCGCAGGAACACGACAGCUGAGCAAGAGGCCCUGCAAGCCAAGCUUGAUGCUGAGAACUUCUACUAUGUCAUCUUGUACCUCAUGGUGAUGAUCGGCAUGUUCUCCUUCAUCAUUGUCGCCAUCCUGGUGAGCACGGUGAAAUCCAAGCGACGAGAGCACUCCAACGACCCCUACCACCAGUACAUCGUGGAAGAUUGGCAAGAGAAGUAUAAGAGUCAAAUUUUGAAUCUAGAAGAAUCAAAGACCACCAUCCACGAGAACCUCGGGGCGGCGGGGUUCAAUAUGGCUCCUUGAUGAGGAGGAAAGGCGUCAAGCCAACAGCGGAUACCUGGAUGUGAAGAGACACCUGUGCCGUGGAGCAAAUCCAAGUUGUCACUGCUUAGACGACACUAAGCUCCUUGCCUUCUGUUGAGAAUUUUCAUGGAGACCCUGUGGCAACUCAACUAAGACGACAAUGGUAACCUCAGUGUGAUUUAGACUUGCUCAUCAGAGCCGUGUUUUAUGCUGAAGAUCCCUUUUACUUUCUGUGCACCAUAAAUGUCACUUUAGUCAAUGUCAAAUUUGACACAUUUUGUCGAGUGAGUGGAAAUAAAGUCAAAUUUGAAGGACA